AGAAGGACACGGGCGCCGCCUCGGCUCACGGGAUGCGGCGAUGAUGUCCAAACGCUCACCGAAUUCUGCACGUAAAGGCGGAGGGGCGGAGCAACGUCACGACAUCCCAGCACUUCGGGUUUUGAUUGGUUGAUGGGGGGUGAAAGUAAUGAAAACAAGUGCGUGCUUUUACGUGCGGUUCUCCUCGCAGCUCGUGUAUGAGACGAAGCAGAAGGAGGGAGGCACCGCCGCAGCACACCGAGGGCUUCCUUUGUCCGGCCCGGGAGUCACGACAGCUGUCAGCGCCGGCGGGCGGGUACGGUCAAAGCUCUUAACCACCACCUGAAGAUCUCCUCUCUGCACCCCUCAGCUCGACUGAAAUCUGCCUGGUGAUCAUCCGGCUGCGUGUCAGACGAUGGAAGGGCAGGAAAAGCAGGUAACAGGUUACCUCCUGUUCUCUCUGGGCACCGCUGUCAUCGGCUCUCUGCAGUUCGGCUACAACACAGGAGUCAUCAACGCUCCGGAGCAGAAACUGCGAUCUUUCUUCAACGACACCUGGUUUGAGCGUUAUGGCAGACCGAUCAGCCCUGGGGUCUGUACCGUCGUCUGGAGCGUCUCCGUCGCCAUCUUUAGCGUGGGCGGCAUGGUGGGCUCCUUCAGCGUGGGAGUCAUGGCGAACCGAUUUGGCAGGCGACGCUCCAUGUUCCUGGUGAACAGUCUAGCGGUGAUCGGUGGCCUCCUCAUGGGCUUCUCCACCAUCUGCUCCUCCUAUGAGAUGGUGAUCGCCGGCCGCCUGGUCAUCGGCCUGUUCUGCGGGUUUUUUACCGGCCUGACUCCCAUGUAUGUGGGCGAGGUGUCGCCCACUCCCCUCAGAGGAGCCUUCGGCACUCUUCACCAGCUCGGCGUGGUGGUGGGCAUCCUGAUCGCUCAGAUCUUUGGCCUGGAGGCUCUGCUGGGCUCAGACAGGCUGUGGCCCCUGCUGCUGGCCCUCACCGUGGCCCCUGCUGUGCUGCAGUGCAUCCUGCUGCCCUUCUGUCCCGAGAGCCCUCGUUUCCUGCUCAUCAACCUCAAGCAGGAGGAGCAGGCACGCAAAGCACUGGUGCGUCUGCGUGGCAGCGAGGACGUGAGCAAAGACCUGCAGGAGAUGAAGGAGGAGAGCGCCAAGAUGGCCAUGGAGAAGAAGGUGACCAUCCCGGAGCUGUUCCGCUCGGCGUCGUACCGGCAGCCCCUCCUCAUCGCCGUCAUGCUGCAGCUCUCCCAGCAGCUGUCAGGGAUCAACGCUGUGUUCUACUACUCGACAGGUAUCUUUGAUGACGCUGGCGUGAAACAGCCCAUCUACGCCACCAUCGGCGCCGGAGUCGUCAACACCAUCUUCACCGUCGUUUCUCUCUUCCUGGUGGAGAAGGCAGGGCGGAGGACUCUGCACCUCCUGGGACUGGGAGGAAUGGCGGUCAGCGCUCUGGUCAUGACCAUCUCGCUCCUGCUGAAGGACAUUCCCGCCAUGAGCUACUUGGCCAUCUCUGCUGUCAUGCUCUUUGUGGCCAUGUUUGAGCUGGGCCCCGGUCCAAUCCCAUGGUUCAUUGUGGCUGAGCUGUUCUCCCAGGGGCCCCGCCCAGCUGCCAUGGCUGUCGCUGGCUGCUGCAAUUGGACAGCCAACUUUCUGGUUGGAAUGAGCUUCCCCAAGCUAGUGGAGUGGUGCGGGCCCUGGGUCUUCCUCAUCUUCACCGGCUUCCUCAUCAUCUUUUUCAUCUUCACCUUCCUUAAAGUCCCAGAGACGAAGGGCAAGACCUUCGAAGAGAUCGCCCGCAGCUUCGGCAACGGCCCGCCUCCCACCUCCUCGUCUGUCGAGGACCCUCCUGCCAGCGCCAGCACCGCCGCGCCGCUUCCCUCCUCGCCGGUGAAAGAGAAGCUGCCGCUGGUGGAGGCACCGGCAGCAGCUGCACCUCCUCCAGCUGAAACCACACCCCUUGAAGAUAAAUCAAACUCCACGGUGCAGGAUAGUGUGUAGGGCUUCUGUAGACAUCACUUUAAUGCGUGGAGGGGGUUAAAAACGAAGGAAGAAUCACAGAGAUUUCGUAGAUGCUGAAAACUGCAGUUAAUUAUCACAAGUUGGAACAAUAAAAUCUACUUAAUUUUGUAAUAGACCCGGCUUUGACCUUUAAAAGGUCAUGCUUUCUGCUUCCACAGUUCCUUCUUUUAAAUCCUCUCUUCCCAAACUGUGAACGGGAAGCAGUCGCUGUACAAAACCGCAGAUUCAAUCCAAUGUACGUUCCUAGGAAUUAAGCUACACUCAUUAAAAGGAUGAGUCCUUUUCAAGACAUCUGUGUGUCUAGUCAGGACAACACGGCAGCCGCAGGUUGUGUUAAUGUUACUAACAGGUGAAGGUUCAGGUAAGACGCACGUCACUGGGGACUAGAAGCAGAGUGUGUUGACAAUGGCGCAGCCUUUGUGCAGGUGUUUCCACAUGAGGUGAGGUCCAUGUAGAAGGAGUCAGGUGACGUGGACAGCGAUGAUGCAAUUAUUUUUUUCAUGUAUUCCUGUCAUAGUGGAUAUUUUAGUGCAAUAUAACUUGGUAGAUAUAGUUUUACCUGGUCAGGUUUAAUUAUGUUCCUGCUGUGCGUUUUCUGAAGUGUUCUCCAAUCACAGGCCUAAGAAGGGGAUUUUCCUACUGAAGCUCUGCCUUCAGAUGUUGGAUAUGAGCUGACAAGCCUGAGAGCUUUUAAGCAAUGCCAAAGCACCGAACUUUAAUUGCCAUCCUGUGAACACAUGUAACCUCAAAUGUGUUUCUUUAGGAAAUUAACAGCAGCUAAGUUUAUUCAGCCUGAAAGCGAUUAAAGCUGUAGUCCACAACUCUGUUCAGUUUAGCGCCGCCCUCGGCGUCCGCCACUCGCUUCGUGGUCUUGUCCCGCUUGUUUUUGGAUUUUCUGUGGGUGAAGUUGGUGCUCAGAUCCAUUUCACGAAUGUCACGCCUAAUUUAUCUCUAGGUAAAUAUAUAAAUGCUGUGUUAGUUUGUGGUUAAACCUUGUGGAUUAUUACUUUACUAGAGGGCCUUUUGUGUUGGAAAACUACAGCUAUUGGAAUCAUGACUGUGGCUUAAGAAUUUUAGGCAAAACACGUUGGCUGAACUGUUUUACACAUGUAGAUCACAGUAGGGAAAUGUGCAAUGCAUAUUUUUUGUUUAAGAGAAAGAGUAUUUAUUAGAAAUCAAUUUUUGUACAAAGUAUAUAUAAUUAUAAUACACUAAAGCAAAUUUAUUAUCCUAAUGCUUUCCAGACCUGCCCCGUGUGCUGAAGCUGAAUGAGUCUGUAGCUGUUCUGUUGUGCUGGAGUAAACCUUCAGAGAUUUGAACUGACUGAGAGUUAAAGACUGUAAAUCUCAUUUGUUGCUCUCUGUUUAGAUGCACUUUGUUAACCAGUUAAGCAGCAAAGCAAAGCAUUAGAGCCACAAUCACUGAUACAGGAAUCAUCGAGCACAGCAGCGCUUUAUGUCAAAUUAAGUAAAUAGUAAUUAAAGAAUACAUUUGCCUGAGCAAUAUAUAUAUAUAUAU